AUGAAUAUUAACAACAAUAACAAAUUAAUGCUAUAAGAAUCUUUGGAUAAAAUAAAGCCAAAAUUAAGAUUCUUUCUAAUCGUAAAUUAAGUUAUCCUAAAUCAUAGUCCAACACUUCUAAAAUUAUGAGUCCCAAACCAAUCUUGUAAGUAAAAUCAUAGUAGAUAAACUGAUAAUUCUAAUUUGUAACACAAAAUAUUACCAUUUUUUAAUUAGGAAAGUAUCAGAUUCAAAAAGAUAAAAAAGUUAAGCAGGUGAACGGAAAAUUCCUAUUUCAAUCUAAAGUAUAACCAAAACUGCUGAAACUGUAUCACCAAGAACUAUAGGAUUAGAACAUAUUAAAAAAUUAAUUAACUAACCAACAUUUCUUCAUUACAUUCAAAAAUAAUUAAUUAAGUUUAGUUAAGUUACCUCUAAGCCCAUAACUUAAAUCGUCAAUAUCAACUAAAGAUUAAUCUGA